AUGGCAAAGUCAAGAAGUGGCAGGUUACUGACCUGCUUCUACUGUGGAAAACGCUCCUCUACAAGGUAUGACGGCUUGAUUCGCGAGUUCCUUUGCCUUCAUUGCGACGCAAACAACUAUUUGGAUGAGGCAAGUCACCCUAACGCGCAUUGCGCAACAACACGACCUCUAUCUAACGUUCUGCAGCGAGGAGACAUCACCGACCCUCCAGUGGCCAAAACGACAUCGGUGCCUGCAACGACGACAUAUGCAACAGCGCGAUCACAUUCCCCCGAUUUUGCAAGCCCGUCCCAAAGCAUCUUCUGCCCGACAUGCCUCAAGAACCAACACCUUUUUACCAGCUCUCUGGCGCAAUACCUUCCCGAGGACCCCGAUCACCCCGACUAUGCCGAAUUGGAAAAGAACAUGUACAAAUUCCGCCGGCGACUCGAGCAGCGAUACCCCCAGAUAUGCGCCCAAUGCGAGCCCAAGGUCCAAGCCCAGCUUGACCAAGCUGGUUACACGGCCAGGACCGACCAUCUACGGCGCAUGAUGGACAGGAGCAGGAAGAGCCGAGUCGCUCCUAAGCAAUUGACGUCGUUAGACAUGGCGGCAGUGGCCGGGAAGUGGCUCUGGUUUGGAGGAGUCGCGUUUCAAUACCUGUGGCAUGUCACCUGCUUGGCAGCCGUCUUUGCGAGACAGUCGGACGAAGGGCCGAUGCGAGAUCCCGAUGCCGAAGUGACAAUUGCCCGGAAGCUCUCCAUUGCCUUGACGCUGCUUCUCCCUAAGCCUGAGGUGUUGAUAUCUUGUAGCUUGUGGGCAAAUGCUGUCAGCGUCUGGUGGAAUCCCAAGUUCGUUCAGGUGUUCCGUGGCUUCUCUCGGCAUAUUCUGGGGCUCUCGCACUGGUACACAUUUCAGGGGUUGAUAUUGUUUACGAGAUUCCUGGCCAUGAGGAUGACCGAGCUCAAGGGGGGUCGCGCAGCUGAGGAGAGCGCCCAGAUCAGCCUACACGGCCUGAUGGCAGUUCUCAUGCUGGCGAUUUACAUCCUUGCUCAACGAUCUGUCCGUAUCGAUACGACGCCACUAUUCCGGACUAUCGGCACGCCUGUGGCAUCGCCUCCAAGGCCGCAGCAGCAGCAGCAACAACUAAAGCAUCGUGAAGAUGACAACAAGAAUAUGGCAACCCUUCUUGACGAUAUUUUGGCUGAGUCUAGCCCGCGGCCCGGAAGUCCCCCGAGUCCGACGAGUAUUGGCUCUGGCUCGCCGGCACUCUUUCAGCGGGAAUUACAGCAUCGAUCAAGCGCCCGUACUGCUGGCUUCGGGACGCCGCAGAAGCCAUCGCAGCCUCAAUACGCGGAAGAAAUGGACUGGUCUCCAACGCAAUCGAAACACCGCGCCUUCAACGAUUUCGGACCUCCGAAGGCGCCGAACCAGGUGUUUGGCCAACCUGAUCCAGGUCCGAAUUCUAGCCCUUUCUGGUACAAGGUGCCUCCAGCGCCCAUCACGCCGGCGCAGAAGCUUCGCAACGGCCCCAAGACUCUGGCAAAACCGGUCGAAAAGAAGUCUAUCUUUUCCAUCGGCAGCCCGAAUGCGUCCAGAACGAGCGCCUCAGCGGAUGACGCAAACAGAGGCGUAAGUAAAGUGGCCUUCGCGCAGCCCACGUUCUUUGCGCCUUCGGCAUCCAAUCCCACCGAUCCGCGCAGCUCCCUGGCCGACCUUCUCAACACGAGUUUCACGCUGAGCCAGGAUGAGCCCGAGGAGGGUGAGAACGGCGAAGCAGGGAACAACAGGUCCGAGACUGCCAACACUGGCCCAUUGGCGAGAACGGGCGGUCUACGCAACAACCGACUACUGGACGUUUUCACCUUGGCGAUCCUCCUGGGCGCAUGGCUCCACGCGACAUCUGGGUCAUACCCAUACAGCCGAGACGUGAUGUUUGGCGCCAUGCUGCUGAGCAUGGCCAUUGCAAUCCAUCUCACGGGCGACGCGAUCAAGGACAUGCGCAACGAGCAGACGCCCAGCUGGGCAUCCAUCAUUAACACGUCGCUGGGCAUCGGCGAGCUGGCAGUAUCAUGUCACUUUGCGCUCCAGAUUUACGGGAACCGCAUGCCGACGUCGAGCGUGCAAGGCGCCUCUGUCAUUGGCGCGAUGCUCGCGCAUGAGAUGUGGAAUGCGGCUUGUUAG